CAUUUUAAUCUUUACCCACUUCCUGUGUACUCAUUUUAUUGUCAUGGUGCUCUCUCUCUCUCUCUCUCUCUCUCUCUCUGUGUUGGGUUCUAAGGCUUCUUACAUUAUAAAAGCUAAAAAGGGAUACAGUUGUUUAUGUUACUGAUCUUUAUCUUCGUGGCUUGAGAAUGAUGAUUCAAUAGUAGUUCAUCUACUGAUCUCCUUGAUCGCUUUGUUUUGAAUGGACACAUAUGGGUUUCUAGGCUUUUUCAUCUUCUUCUCUUUUUAAUUUGCUCAUUAUUUUUGGACCCAAUUACACAAAGUUGUGAUGAUGGCACUGUCUCAUUCUUGAGUAUUUUUUUUUGUGGGUUUUCAAUUUGAUUACGUUUGGUGUUCUGCCAUUUUUUGGUUACUUGACAAAUAGAGAGGGAAGGAAGGGAAGGUGGUGGUGUUAAAUGGGAUCUUGUUACUCUUCAUUAGGGAAGAGGGGAGUGGAUGAGAAUGGUGCAGCGGAGCAAACUACCACUGCAUCGGCAGCUUCUCCUCGGAGGCACAGGUGGAAGAAGAAAUCAGCUGGAUGUGGUGAUGAAAGUCUGCUUAAUCACAUUCCUGGCAGGAUGUCCAUGAAUGGGUCGUCGAAGAUUGCCUGCUUGUACACUCAACAGGGCAAGAAAGGCACCAAUCAAGACGCCAUGCUUGUCUGGGAGAACUUCAGCGCCAGAAGUGAUGCGGUUUUUUGUGGGGUAUUUGAUGGUCAUGGUCCUUUUGGUCAUAUGGUUUCCAAGAAAGUUCGAGAUUCCCUUCCACUUAUACUAUGUACUCAGUGGAAAGAUGGUCCGAAUGAUGAACAAAGCAGCCCUCAUAAGGCUGGAAACACUCCUGGAAGCACAAAUUCUGAGGAAACUGCAUCUGCAAGCAUGGAUGAUGAGUCACAUGAUUCUUUGGAGUCUGAGCAACAUGAACAAUUCCCAGAGAUGUAUCUACCACUUAAAAAGUCUAUGAUGAAGGCAUUUAAGUUAAUGGAUAAGGAACUAAAAUUGCAUCCAACAAUUGAUUGUUUCUGCAGUGGAACAACUGCUGUGACUUUGAUAAAGCAGGGCCAGGAUCUUGUAGUCGGAAAUCUUGGUGACUCCAGAGCAGUUCUGGCAACUAGAGCUGAAGACAAUUCUUUGCUUGCUAUACAAUUGACUGUGGACUUGAAACCUGAUCUGCCAAGGGAAGCUGCCAGGAUCCACCAAUGUAAAGGAAGAGUUUUUGCCUUGAAGGAUGAGCCAGAGGUUGCACGCGUAUGGUUGCCUAAUAAUGAUUCUCCUGGUCUAGCGAUGGCUAGAGCUUUUGGGGACUUCUGUCUGAAGGAUUUUGGUUUAAUUUCUGUCCCAGAUAUUUAUUAUCGUCACCUUACUAAGAGAGAUGAAUUCAUCAUUCUCGCUACUGAUGGGGUUUGGGAUGUCCUCUCUAAUAAGGAAGCUGUUGACAUUGUGGCCUCAGCCCCUGGACGGGCUACAGCAGCCAGAGCCCUUGUAGACUGUGCAGUUCGAGCAUGGAAACUUAAAUAUCCUACUUCCAAGAAUGAUGAUUGUGCUGUUGUGUGCCUGUUUCUUGAUCAAUUAUCUGCAGCAAACGCCGAGGUAGAAGAGUCAACAAUGAAAAUGAUUCCAGAGGAAUCAUCAGAAUGCAUAUUAAAAACCAAUGAAAAUGAUAGUCAACCUGAAGUGAAUGAUGAUUCUCACGUAUAUGUUCUUAGUCAUUCGGAUACAAUACGGGGUUCUGAUGAGAUUGUGCCCGUCUCUGAGUUGACAGAGGAGAAGCUUUCUUUAAAGAGCCAGAGCCAAUCAAAGAGGAGCCUGGCUGAGUGCAUUUCAACUGCAGAAGACGAGGAGUGGUCGGCCUUAGAAGGUAUUACAAGGGUUAAUAGCCUUCUAAGCCUUCCUAGGUUAUUAUCUGGUGACAGAAGAACAACCAGUUGGAGGAAGUGGUUAUGAAAUGUCUGAUGGCCUUUGUUGCGUUCCCUCGCAACAAACACGAAUACUAAUUAUUCCGUUUCUGCAACCGAAUCUCGCUUUCUCUACGAACUAAACUGAUGAAAUUCAUUGGUCUUGAGGAUUUAUGUAUCUGCUGGCUGGAAAUAUAAAUGUAUAUGUAUAAAUAUAAGCAGGCCAGCAUAUUUUGAGGCUGGAGUUCCCAUUAGGUUAGGUGUAUAUCCCAACUGAAAAAAUACAUACAGGCCUCUUCAGUUUUUGUUAGUUAUGUUAUUCUCUGGAACUUGGAUUGUGAAAUCAUGUUGUUUCUUGCCUAGAGAUUGAAUUCAUGUUAGUGGGUUUUUUUUUUCUUAA